CCGAUGGCGCCGACGGUACGAGCACCCGGCGUCGUCGUGGGACGCCGCGCGCGCCAAGGCGGAGUCCGACGCGUUGGAAGAGGCGAGAGCCGCGGCGUUGCGUCGCGCGGCGGCGGCGAAGAAGCUCGCGAUCGAGCGCGCGAAUCUGAGCGAGGCGGCGGCGAGCCGGGUUCUUUCUUGGGCGUGUCCAAGGACAGAGUGGAGACGGUCAUGACGCAGGCGCUGCCCGUCAUGGGAGGGAUGGCGUCGCAGAACGUCCUGAACCUCGCGGACAGCGUCAUGGUCGGGCGGUUGGGCACCGAAGCCGUCGCCGGCGUCGGCCUCGCGUCGUCGGUAAACUUUCAGUGCCAAGCCGCGCUCCAGGGCAUCUCGAGCGGCGUGCAGGCGAUGAGCGCGCGCCGCAUCGGCGAGAACCGACCGGAGGUGGCGGCGGUGCCGCUGAACGCGGCGCUCGUGAUCAUCGUGCUCCUCGGCGUCCCGAUGGCGAUCGCGGCGUUCGUCUCCGCGCCGAGCGUCGUGCCGACGUUGACGGCUGACCCCGCGGUCGUCGCCGCUGCCGUGCCGUACCUGCGGGCGCGCGUGUGCGCCGUGCCGGCGGUGGGCAUCAAUUUCGCGUUCCGAGGGUUCUGGAACGCGGUCCAACAGCCGCAGAUUUACAUGAACACCCUUCUCGCGAUGCACACGGUGAACGUCUCGGUGAGCCUCGCGCUCAUCUUCGGCGUCCCCGCGCUGAAGAUCCCCGCGCUCGGCGUCCUCGGCGCCGGCGUCGGCACCGCGACGUCCGUGUGGCUCGGCUCUCUGCUGUACAUUCGCAUGGGGUUCAUCCGCGCGAAGGAGAUGGGUUUCGGCGUGAAGCUUCCGAGCGCAGACGAUUUCAAGACGCUCAUCGCGCAGGCGGCGCCGACGUCCAUCACCAACUUGCUCUUCGCGACCGGGAUGACGACGUUGUACUGGAUCGUCGGGAAGCUGGGCACCUCCGAGACCGCCGCGGUCAACGUCCUCAUCAACCUGAUGCUCACGCUGGUGCUUCCGUGCAUGGGCAUGGGCCUCGCCGCGGGCGCGCUCUCCGGGCGCGCGCUCGGGAGGGGCGACGUCGAGGACGCGACGCAGUGGCCGUGGGACGUGAGCAAGCUCACGGCGGCGAUGAUGGUCGGGGUGGGCGCGGCGGCGGCGUUCUUUCCGGAGACGUUGCUGCGAUGUUUUCUCACCGACCCGGCGGCGGUGGCUAAGGCGACGCUCCCGCUGCGGUUCACCGGCGCGACGGUCGCGUUCGACGCGGUCUCGCUGACGAUGCAGAACGCGCUCCUCGGCGUCGGCGACGCGCCCAGGGUGGCGUUCAUCUCCAUCGCGACGCAGUGGCUCUUGUUCUUGCCGGCGGCGUUUCUGGGCGUGACGCGGUGCCAGCCGUGGUUCAACAUGAACUGGCUGUGGGGGUUAUACGUCGCGCAGCGCGUGCUGCAGUCCAUCUUGUACACGCGGCUGUGGCACGCGGGCAAGUGGAAGAGCAUCAAGCUCGCGUGACGACGCGAGCGACGACGCGUCCCUCGGCGGGUUUACAAUACUUUAUCGGGGGGGUCACUCUAUCCUGUAUGAUGCGUUGUUCUGUUGUUGUUGUUGUUGUAUCACCAUCCGUUUAUGUU